AUCAAUUUCAUUCGUCUCACCCGAGAAAUUCCGUCAAAACGAAACUUCUGCGAACAGGGGAGGUGCUAUUUUCACUUUUUUUUAGUUUUUUUUUACACGAAAAAAAAAGUUAAUUUGUCGUAGUUUUCUCUUCUGAUUUUUCACCGGAAAUUUUGUUGUUGUUGCCAUAUCCAUAAGUAACCAGAAGCAAAAUAAUAAAAACAAACAAUCGAAGAAAAAAGUAGAGCAAGACACGCAAAAACAAAAAAAAAAGAGAAAUCUAGCGAGAGGAGAUGUCACAAUACCGGCGAUUGGGCAAAAAUUUGGAGACUCCGCGUCCCUUGAAUUCGACGCAGGGAGCUCCCGUGGGAAAUAUUGCCGCAAAAAAUCAACCGCAGCACUACGAGACGCAAGGCAGCAUCGACGAUCUCAUCACACUGAUCGAAAGUGUCGCACCGACACUCGUCAAUGGCUCGAUCAACAUUCAAAACCUGAAUAUUUUGAAGGCGAAUUUGUGCAUUCAUGGUCCGCGUUUGGAAGAAGUUGCCAAAGAUACGCUCGAUCGAACGUUUGUCGUGCUGCGAAAUGCCUCGUUGGAUGAACGACUUACGAUUAUGACGCGUCUCAAGUUGCUCGAGCUCAUUGAAUUGCGUGCGAAACAUUGGCAGGUUUCGAGUGACAUCAACUCGUAUUAUCAGUUCAAGGUUGAGCCCGAUGGUCUUCAAGUGCAAACGGAGCCCAUGAUGCUUAGCACCUCCCCGCCAUUACAAAUUGGAUCAAUGUCGUCAAUGCAAUCCGGGACGGCACCUGCUUUGGCGCCCGGCGAGUUGAUUCGUAACUCGGGAAAGUUUACGAAGCCAACAAAGAUCCCCGGAAAGAAUUAUUCCAAGGAUGAAAUCGUCAUUCGUAAUGCUGAUUCAGGAAAAGUAAUGGGAAUCAAAGGACGCAGAGUUCAUAUGAUCGAAGAAUUGAGUGAGACAAUCAUUUCCUUCCAAAAAGUGAAUCCGGGAGCUAAAGAGCGUUUAGUGCAGAUCACAGGUCCAUCUGAAGAGAAAAUCAAUUACGCGAAAAGUCUCAUCGAAGACACAAUUCGCCGUAAUGCCUCUCCCGUUCGUCUCGAUUCGCAAGACGAUGGCAUGUCAGUUGUUUCGGGCAACGGUAACAUGAUGCAAAACGCAUCUGCGCCCCAAUCCAUGCCAAUGCAACACGACAUGUUCAUGCCAUCCGCCGAUCUUUACUCGACUUCCGGCAAAUUCCGCACUAACAACAAUCACAAUUUCGGCGGCAGAGCUCCCGGCGCCCUGCAACAAAGUUAUUCCACGGAUGACGCGUCGCUCGGCGAAUACAAGUACACCGUAAACGUGGGCCAACACAGUAUUAAAAUUACUGGCGAUAAUUUUGAGUUGAUUCGUACGGCAAAACUCGUGCUCGACGAUUACUUCAGCAGUGCCGAAUUCCUCCAGUCUGUCGGCGAUUACGUGGAUGACGCUUACAAUCAGCAUGCGGCGCAAACGAUGGCGUAUCAGCAUCACGUCAUGCAUCAGGAUUCCUUUCCGCCAACGAGUGUCAUUGGCAAUCGGAUGUCACGCGACGAUAGCGGGAUCGCGUUAGACAAGAAACUUUCGCCCGGAAAGCAGUUGGAGGAAGCUGUGAAGAAAUCCGUUCGCAUAACUGACACCGUCGCAGAUGCAGAUGCGAAACAGGAGAUUUACGAAGACGACGAAGUGUUCAUUGUCGACGAAAAUGGAAAAGAAAUCCCGAUUGGCGGCACGAAGACAGACGUUAACGAGCAAAAUGGCAUCGCUCGCACGCAAAAAGUCAACAAUUUACGUUCGAGUUUGGUUGAAAGUUGCAAACGCCACAACUACGACAUCAAAGAGUUGCUGGAAUACUCAAACAGUCCUUUUGCGUGGGCCUUGCCCGAGAAUUGGAUCAAAAUCUGUGAAAAAUUGCCGAAUUUGGUGCGAAACAAGGAUUUAUCCAACGAGAAAAAUCGCUUCACUGUGCAAAAAUACCUGGAAAGUCGUUUUCUUGAAGUCCCCGAGAAGACAAUCGAACCUUCAAACAGCUCCUCGAGCAUUUUGGAUGAAUCUUCGACGACAACAGAUGGCGACACCAUCGAAUCUGUGGGCGGCUCUCAAUUAAUCCUCGAAACAGCUGCUGCCGAAGACGACGAGGAACGAAAUUUGUAAACUUUAAAUUUUUUUUACAUAUUGACAUAAUCUGAACUAACUUUAGUAUUAAGUGUCAUGAACAUUAUUCUUUGAUACACAAAAACACAGGAAAAUUUCUUUUCAAGAGUGACUUUCUUUCAGGAUGAGAAUUAAAUUUAAUUAAAAAAAGUGUAAUAAAAUUGUAAGAAUAAAAUAAAUAAUUUUUUUCACACAU